UUUAAAACAGUUGUGCUGAUUAAUAUUUUUGUGUAAACUGUUUUUUCAGGAUUCUUUGAUGACUAGAAAGUUCAAACAGCAUUUAUCUGAAAUAAAUGAUAUCUGAAGUAUAAUGAUAUCCAUUCCUGAAACCAGGAAGUCCUCAGAUCCAGGUGUCAAAUACACAAUGCCCAUGUGGAUCCAAAAAGAUGUUUCAGUUGGUGAGUGACACAAGACCUCUGCGGGAACUGUUACUGGUCAGGAUAGUGAGGAGGCCAGGGCAGAAAGGCCAAAAGGGUUGGGGGCAGUUGUGGGUUCUUGGGGGCAGCGCUCCAGUUCCAAGGAAAGAAACUUCCAUGAAAGCAGGCCCUUAUCUCUGCCUCACACAGCUGAGCGGCUCUGUGUCAUGAGGGUACAACACAAAAAGGACCGCCUCUCUCUCUGCCCAGAUGGCUUAUUCCUUUUUAUUUCCAAAGUUUGAAUGAUUUUCUUUCAGAUCAUCUACAAAAGGUAUGUAAGUGUUAUUGCCAACAAUUAUCUUCAUUCCCAAAUAAUUACAUAUCUCAUCCUCAAGACUCUAAAAUCAUUUCUAGUCAAAAGUCUUAUCCCAAAGAUAAGUCAGAGUGAGAGAACACAGAAUGUUCUUGUCUAUGGGUUGCAGACUGUAAGAGGAUAUAUCGCACUGAAAUAAUUUCCAGUCUGUCCCUCCUCCCCACCACUGCAUCCACAACAUAUAACCAAUAAAGCUCUUCACUCAUGUCGUCAAUGUGUAGGCUAACACGGAAGGCUGUUCACCAUCGGUCCCUGGGGAAUUUCUCAUUUGUUUUUAGAAUAGUGGCUUUCAACAAGUAACAAGAAAGUAACUACAAUCGUUGACUCUUUAAGCAUAUAAACUCACAUCCCUGUGGCAGUUGCAGUUCUUAUGUAUGUUAUGAUAGCUGCUAUAGGAUAUAAGAAAAACUGAAAUAUUGUGAAAAUUUUUGAAAUAUCAGUUUUCUGUUUAAAUAUAUUUUAAAAUGUAAUUUAUUCCUGUGUUAUCAAAACGGCAUUUUCAUCAGUCUACAGUGUCACAUGAUCCUUCAGAAAUCAUUCUAAUAUGCUGAUUUGCUGCUCAAGAAACAAUUCUUAUUAAUAUCAGUGUUUUGCUGCUUAAUAUUUUUAUGUUAUCCAUGAUACAUUUUGUUUAGAAUUCUUUGAUGAACAGAAAGUUCAAAAGAAUAGCAUUUAUUUGAAAUAGAAAGCUUUUGUAACCUUAUACUAAAUGUCUUUUUCGUUCACUUGUUAUCAAUUUAAUGCAUCGUUGGCAAAUAAAAAAUUGUCUCAAAAUUCACAUUUGAGUGUGCAAUUUAUGUUGUUAUGUACAAUAUACCUUAUAUAUAUAUAUAUAUAUAUAGUAAUAAUUCAUAGAGAGAGUAAUGCAUGAUACGUUAGACAGAGGUGAAAGAAGAGGAUGUGUAUACCUGACCUCAAAGCCACAGCUCCCAUAAGUAAUAGUGUGACUCAAAGGUACCAGAUAAGUUUGUCUGUGUUUUGUGAGUUAGUCGAAACCACGUUUCAGUUGAGGAGAACUGGUCUCAAUAUUCACUGUUACAACUUACAGUUUUGGCCUCCACACCCUUAACUGACACAGAGCAAGACACCUCCCAUGUGAGGACCUCUGACAUGGCAGGUUCUGCCAAGUGUUUGGCUCUAUAUUUUGUACUUUGAAAGCAAAAUUAAUGAUGAAAUAGUAAAUUGUAUCACAUUGGUUACACCAUGGUACUUUGAUAUAUAGCCUACUAGACCUAUCUAUGCAACUGAAUUAUUAUCAAAUGUAUGGUAUUGUGUGUGGAACAGUUAUUUAGAAGUUAUUUCAAAGAUUAUCAGCAACCUUUAAAAUACCAGACCAUGACUGGUCUUUUAAUUUUCAGUGUAAAACGUGUGAGAGGAUUUUUGUUUGCUUGUUUUACCUGUAUCUGAGUUCGGCCGAGCAACAAGACGAACACUGCAAAACUUUACCGUACGGUACGCCUAAUAAUGAUGUUGCAAUCUUCUGAGGUAAUUUUCACUACAAUCGAUGAGAUGCAAGAUGGCGCGACUCCGCGGUGAGAUCCGAGAGACAUGAACGUAGCGCCGGUUGACCAAUCAAAAUCAGUGAUAUGAACAGGACAUACAGUCUGAAAUGCAACAAGGAGAAGUGUUGACUGAGAUGAGUUCCUUCUUGACCUCCUUUCAUUGAAGACAGCUUUGGUUAUUUUUAUCAUGACUGAGUGGAGCACACCACACUUGAAAGUGAUUCUUAUCGGAAACUCUGGAGUGGGAAAAUCUUCAUUUAUGACCCGGUUUGUUGACUAUCGCUUUACUAAUUUGUAUCGUGCCACAAUUGGGGUAGAUUUCUUUGCUAAAGAAAUCACUAUUGAUAAAAGACCAGUCAUUCUUCAGAUCUGGGACACUGCAGGUACAGAGAGGUUUCAUUCCCUGGGUACCACACUGUAUCGUGGAGCUCACUGCUGCCUCCUAGUGUUUGAUGUUACCUCAUCCAUCUCCUUUGAUGCACUAGACGUCUGGAAGAAAGAGUUCCUGGUGCAGGCAUGCCCUUCUGACCCCGCUGCCUUCCCUUUCAUAGUGAUCGGCAAUAAAAUUGACUUGGAUCAUCGUGAGGUGUCCCCAAACAAAGCUCAGCAGUGGUGCAGUGAAAUCGGAGCUGAAUAUUUUGAAUGCAGUGCCAAGGAAGACAUUGGAGUGGACGUGACCUUUCACAGUGCAGCACGAGCUGCCCUGCAGUAUCUCAAAAGUCACCAUGUGGAGAAUGGAGAAGACGUCCAGAUUAUACAGAAACAGGAUAAGAAGCCAAACAAAAAAUGCUCUUGUUGAACCAAGGACAAGAUCUUGUGCUACUGUUCUGUUAAAGUUAACAUGAAAUUAAAACUAUUUUUUAUAU